AUGGUGAAAACUCGUGGAGCUUCCUCUAAGAAGACCCCUGCUUCUCAAUCCAGAAAGGUGUUGUCUCCAUCGCCUCCUCCAUCUGUGUCAACGGCGCCUCUAUCUGUUCCAGCACCAGCCACAUUUGUUGGGAAAACUCCCAAAUCCAAGGCAUGCAAGAAGGUGUUCUCCCUCUCUACUGAACAACCCAUGGUGUUUCCUGAUAUCACAGCUGAUAUUGUCGACGUUGCACCACCAUCUGAAGUGGUGGUGCCCUCUCGAGCCAAGAACCUAUCUCCUCUUCCGAUUGAAUCGUCUUUGACGGCUAGGGCAAAAUCAAAAUCUGUUUCAUCCUCUUCAAAAGCUGCUGCUACUGGGUUACUCAAGCUGCCCAUGAAGCUGAGCCAGUCUAAGAAAAAUUAUGUGGCUCCAAAAAGAAAAUUGGGGUUGAACUCGUCUUCUUCCCCCUUGACUGCUGCCAAAAAAAUAUUGAAGGCUCAUCCCCCUUCUCCGUCUUCCUUCGAAUCUGGCCCUGAGGAAGCAAAAUCUGAGUCUGAAGCAACACAUGAUACCACCUUAUCUGAUGAAUAUGUUCCUGACAAUGCAAAAUCUGAGGCCGAUUCUGAUGAGCCAGAACAAGAAGACAUUGUCUGUGUAAAUUUCAAACCUUAUUCUUCAACUUUUUGUUAUAAUGACAAUGCUCGUGAUAUGGUUCUCUAUGCUCAAAGGAAAUUUCUCAUUGAGAGAAAUUAUGUCUUGAGUGACCGUCGGCCUUAUGGUGUGCUAACAAUGCUUCAAGAUCGAAAAUGGACAGGUUCUUUGGUUAAAUUUACUGGUUUCGUGGAUAGAAUAGUCAAGGAAUUUUUUGCCAAUCUUACUAAUGAAAUUAUUGAACCUAAAUCUCCUCUGUAUUGUAAAGUGUUUGUUAGGGGCCAUUGGUUCUCUUUUUCUCCACAAGAUAUUGCCCAUGCUUUGCAUCUUCCUCUUGAUGUUGAGGAUGAUGAUGAUCCUGCCUCUCUUGACAAGGAUGCGGUUAUCACUGAAUUAGUAGGGAAAAAAAUGGUAUGGCCAUCUAAUACAGUCAUCUCGGUCACUAAUCUCACCUACACUUAUGUUUUUCUCCAUAAGUUUGCCACAACGAAUUGGAAACCAACUUCUCACACCGCAACUAUCUCCUUUGACAUAGCCUCUUUUUUGUACAAAGUGGGGGCCGGAAUUGGUAUAAACUUGGCUAUGUUCAUCCAUGAUCAAAUCAUUGAAUUUCGAAAAGGUAAUAGGAGAAACUUGAAUCUUCCUUUUCCUCAAGUUAUUUAUAAAGUUUUGAGUAUGCAGAAAAAAGAUCUCCAGCGUGAUCAAGAAGACUUGGUGGCUCCCACUACUGCUCCUUCCUACAAGGCCUCUGCUCCACCUAAUGAAGCCACUGAUGCUCCAUCAACCAAGAAAGUCAAGCCCCAAUCUCUGAAGUUUGCCUCGGAUGACAUUCCUCAUGCAUCCUCCUUUGUUCCCACAGAUUCAGGACUUGUUGCUACAGAACUAGUUGCUGUUCGAGCCUCUGUUGAUUCUUUGGCUUCUCGAGUGAUGUCGAUUGAAGGACUGCAUCGUUCUGUGUUGGAUGCUGUUCAAACUCUAUCCAAGGAUCCAGUCGUUUAG